AUGGCAGUGGAAGCUCUAUUCACUGCUUCUCGUGUCGCCGGUGUUUUCAACAAAGAGAAAGGCGCCAUAACUCGGUUGCCGUCUGUCAUGUGGGGCUGGCCAAACCCUGAUCCCAAACCAACAACAAAUCAGCUUCUUAGGAGUUGGCGGAUAAAGCCACCUGAAUCCAACGGCUAUGUUGUCAUUGCUGGUCAUCUGUUCUCUGUAGUCUGUGACGUAAUCGGUCUGGUCGAGUAA